AUGACAGACGCAGCGAUCGACUUCGGUCAUCAGCUACCCGACCAGCUGCCGACCGUCGCAGCUGCGCUCUCGGCACAGCUCUCCCUCGAGACCGACGUCGCAUCCUUCUUGGCCGAGCGAGCUGCUUUGGAGCGAGACUAUGCUGCCAAGCUCCGAGCACUUGUGCGCAAGUAUCGCGAAAAGAAAGUUAAGCGAGACCAAGAGAUCUCGGUAGGACCCACACCCACUAUCGAAUGGAAGUAUGCUCAAUCCACGCUCGCAACUCACAUCACCGAUCUCUACUCGACACACGAUGCCACUGCUGCGGAACAUAAUAAUCUUGCCGCCACCUUGGAUGGUCUUUCGAACAAGAUGAUUACCAGCACAAAGACGAGAGAGGAGCUUCGCAAGAAGCACACUUCGUACGCCAGCAAAUUGCUGUCCGACCGCGAGAAGACGUACUCCGACAAAGACAAGGCAAAGUCCAAGUACGAUGAGCUAUGUCACGAGCUCGAUUCGCAGCGCCAGAAGCGUGAGAAGGCCGAGGCAGGCGACAAGCAUGCGGAUCGAGCAGCAAAGGCUUUCCAAGCGGCGGAAAUGGACAUGUGGAAUGGCAAGAACAGCUAUCUGAUCCAGAUUUCCGUCUCCAACAGCGCCAAGCAGCGCUUCUAUCGACACUAUCUGCCUGCAGUCCAGAAUAGCCUUCAGUCCCUUUGGACUCUAUCCACGCAUCGAUUCGCACUCGCUACAUCAAAGGCGCAGUCUGCUAUUGCAGCACAUCACGAGCGUGUUGCCAAAAAGCAUCACGAUCUGGAAGCAAGGGCUUCAACGGUAGACCCAACCAAAGACCAAAAGCUCUUUGCCGAUCAUAAUCAGCAACGAUGGCAAGAACCAAGCGGCUGGUCCUUUGAGCCCUGUGUUGGCUUCUUCGACACAGCCGAGGUGUCGACUGAGCCUUCUGCUGUCACGUUCCUCCAGAAUCGCCUCCUUCGAUGCCGCUGUCGGAUCGCCGAACUCGAACCUCUUGUCGAAGCCAAAGCCAAAGAGGUCGACGGGCUGAACAAGCUUCGAGACACAUAUCAGAAGCAGCAGGAACUCGGCAACCCUGACGAAGUGAUGAAUGAUCUCUUCGAGUCCACCCGUGCGCUCUUUGGCUUUGAGAUCGAACUCCACAACCUCCACGCCGAAGUCGAGACCAUCAUCGCAACGAUUGGGCAGAACCAGGGUCGAACAAGGCCACAUCGCUUCAAGCCAGCAUCUUUUGGUAUUCCGACAUCAUGCCACUACUGCGGAGACAAGAUUUGGGGGUUGGCGAGUAAAGGCUCGGUGUGCAAGCCUUGUGGAUACACUGUGCAUCAGAAGUGCGAGAUGAAAGUCCCGGCUGAAUGUAAAGCUGCUCCCUCUGGUGGGCUGGGAUCACCGAGGACAUCGUCGACUUUCAGUCGACCAAACAGGUCAAGUGCUCUGCUUUCGGGUGGCUUGGGUCGAAGCAACUCUACCGCCACCAGCGCUGCUGCAUUAUCCUCGGCCGCACCAGCCAUGUCUCAGAGCACGACGACAGGUAAAGUAGCGUUCGCAUUCGAAGCGUCCAGUCCGCACGAAUUAAGUGUCGCAGAAGGAGAGAAAGUGGAACUGCUCGAAGACGAUGUUGACGGCACUGGGUGGAUCAAGGUUCGCGCCGGUUCAAGAGAAGGCCUGGUUCCGAUAUCAUACUGCGAAUUCGGCGACUCUCCCGCAGCAGCAUCAAUAACAGCGACGCAAGAUACAGGCUACGUCCCGACGAGCGUUGCACAAGGUAGUGGACAGUUUGUCAAGGCGCUGUACGAGUACACGGCGCAAGGAGCGGAUGAACACUCGCUGACAGAAGGCGAACAGAUUGAACUCAGCGCAACUGGAUUCAGCUAUGCAGACGGAUGGUGCGAAGGCGUCAAGAACGGGCGCACGGCUAUCUUCCCUUCGAACUACGUCGAGGCAAUGUAG